AUGGCGUCCGGGCUUGGGGGGCCAGGACCUGGAAGGCGGUGCCACCGGCUUGUUCUGGAGGUGCCGAAUGCGCUGUCUAGCACCUCUUUAAACUUUUAUUUCAUUAAUUUCUCGCUUUAUUAGAGGAGGGGGGCUCCCAUCCCGCGGAUCCAUCUCGAGGGCUGGGCCGGGCCAGAACCAGGAGCUGGGAACUCGAUCCGGGUCUCCCACGGGGGCGGGGCGGCAGGUGCCUAACCAGCGAGCCACCUGCCGCCUCCCGGGGUGCGCGCGCACUGGAGGAUGGAGCCUGGACCUGAACCCAGGCGGUGUGGGGUGCCCGCCGCCUCCUGCCCGCCCGCCGCCCUGGAGAACCAGCUGCCCCCAGGUGGCCAGGGACUCAGAAGCUGCAGGACCAGCGCAGCUGAGCCCCACCCUGCGAUGCCUCCCCCUGAGUCGGCCUCCUGGUGGCUGGGGCUGGUCGCCGGCAGGAAAUAAAUCAAUAAUGGCAGCUGUUAUUAGGACCUAAGGGCGCGCUCGGGUCGACUGCGUGGGUCUGGCUCAGUCUGUUCUCGGCCGGGUGAGUCCCAGAGAAAGGGUGGCUUUUGCCCUGGAAGGCCUGGGGGACUUGGUGACCCCCGAGCUGAGGCCGGAAGGAAAGACGUCCCACCUAUGCCGGCGCCCUGCUGUGAGGGCACAGACCCCCGACUCCGGAAACCAGCCCCCCGCCUGCGUGUUGGGGCCCUGGGCCCCCACUGGCUCCAGCUGGGAUCCCCCCCAAGAGGCUCCAGGUUUGGGGACUGAGGGUGGGGAGCGGAGCUGUGGGGGUGCGGUGUCACUGGACCCUCCUUGCCUUGUUCCCCCAUCUGCGCCUGGCGGGCAGGGGGAGGGGCUAAGGGUCUCAGCACCUCUGGAGGGUUAACCCAUGGCCGGCGCAGGCCCUGGGGAGCUGGCGCCCAGGGCGCGCUGGGACCUGCUCCCGUUGGGGGUGGGAGGCCCUGGGUAAUGAGUGGGUGGGGCCGCGGUGCAGACAGGGCUGAGCUCAGCGUCUGGCUGUGUGGAAAUGGCCGGGCCAGGGUUCGGGGGCCACCCCACCGGACCGCUCCUGCUGCUGCUGCCUCUGCUGCUGCUGCUGCCCCCCCAGACCCUGCCGGAAGGACCCCUGGUGUUCGUGGCUGUGGUGUUCCGCCAUGGUGACCGCGCCCCCCUGGCCUCCUACCCCACGGACCCGCACAAGGACGUGGUGUCCGCCUUGUGGCCCCGCGGCCUGGGCCAGCUGACCAGGGAGGGCGUCCGGCAGCAGCUGGAGCUGGGACGCUUCCUGAGGCGGCGCUACCAGGCCUUCCUGAGCCCUGAGUUCCGGCGGGAGGAGGUGUACGUGCGAAGCACCGACUUCGACCGCACCUUGGAGAGCGCCCAGGCCAACCUGGCCGGACUGUUCCCGGAGGCGGCCCCGGGGAGCGCCGAGGCCGACUGGAGGCCCAUCCCGGUGCACACGGUGCCCGUGGGCGAGGACAAGCUGCUAAGGUUCCCCAUGCGGAGCUGUCCGCGGUACCACGAGCUGCUGCGAGAGUCCACGGAAGCCCCGGACUACCGGGAGGCCCUGGAGGGCUGGACGGACUUCCUGGUGCGCCUGGAGAACUUCACGGGGCUGUCGCUGGUCGGGGAGCCGCUCCGCAGGGCGUGGAAGGUUCUGGACACCCUCAUCUGCCAGCGAGCCCACGGCCUCCAGCUCCCGUCCUGGGCCUCCCCACACGUCCUGCGGACGCUGGCCCAGAUCUCCGCGCUGGACAUCGGCGCCCACGUGGGCCCACCCCGGGCGGCAGAGAAGGCCCAGCUGUCGGGGGGGAUCCUGCUGGACGCCAUCCUGGCCAACUUCUCCCGGGCCCAGCGCCUGGGGCUGCCCCUCAAGAUGGUGAUGUACUCGGCUCACGACAGCACCCUGCUGGCCCUCCAGGGCGCUCUGGGCCUCUACGACGGCCACACCCCGCCCUACGCCGCCUGCCUCGGCUUCGAGUUCCGGAGGCGCCUGCAGGACCCCGACCAAGACGGAGGGAACGUCACCAUCUCGCUCUUCUACCGCAACGACUCGGCCCGGGCCCCGCUGUCCCUCAGCCUCCCCGGGUGUCCCGCCUCCUGCCCGCUGGGCCGCUUCCGCCACCUGACCGCCGCGGCCCGGCCCCCCGCGCGCGGGAUCCCCUGCUACGGCGUCUAUGAGCCUGCCACCUCCCCAGGUGACGGCCUUCUGCGCUGGGGGUGGGAGCCGGGGCGCCCCGGGCCCACAGACUCACACCCCCCGUGUUCCUCCCGCAGCCACCACGGUGCCCCUGCUGGCCGGAGCUGUGGCCGCGCUGGCAGCGCUCAGCCUGGGGCUGGGCUUGCUGGCCUGGAGACCGGCCUGCCUGCGGGCCUGGGGAGGGCCCGUGUGAGCUGGGAAGCCGGGGCGCCCCCUCCCCCUAGCUGACGCUGGACCCUAACACGUGUGCUCC